GAUGAAUCUAUGAUUAAAAAUGUGGUUAGUGAUUUAUGUAUUUUUUUAUUUUCAGUCGCAGCCUUAUUGCUGGUCUGCGCAAUCAGUUUAGCUCAAGGUGAUGAUGAUAUUGAGCUAAACGAGAAUGGCUGCCCGAUAGACCACAAUAUUGAAAAACUUUAUCCCCAUGAAAAUUGUAACAAAUUCUAUCAAUGCACCCACGGAAAUCUUGUCGAAAAGAAGUGUGCCUCGAACCUCUUUUUUGACGUCGAAAAGCAAGAAUGUGAUUGGUCAGAAACAGUAGACUGUGGUGAUAGGCUUGUCCCAGACGAGAAAGAAGAUGAAGACUGUGAUGAGACUGAAAACGAGGGUGGAGACGACAGUGAAGAUAAUGAUGAUAACGAUGGUUCUUGCAACUGCAACCCAGGCGAAGCACCUUCCAUUUGUGCUCAAGAUGGUUCUGACGGAGUUUUAAUUGCUCAUGAAAACUGCAACCAGUUCUAUCAAUGCUUCAACGGCAAACCCGUUACAAUAAGCUGUCCUGGCAAACUUCUUUACAAUCCUCACAAAAGACAAUGUGAUUGGCCAGAUAAUGUUGAUUGUGGAGACAGAGUGAUUCCAGAUGGUGAUGAAAAUGACAACGAUAAUGAUAACGAUGGAGGUGACGCUGGCGGUGAUGGUGGUGAUGAAGGUGGUGAUGACGGCGAGGAUGACAAUGAUGGAACUUGUAACUGCAAUCCCGGCGAAGCACCUGAGAUUUGUGGUCAAGAUGGAUCUGAUGGAGUAUUAGUCGCACAUGAAAACUGCAACCAGUUCUACAAAUGUUUCAAUGGCAAACCAGUUACGCUAAGCUGCCCCGGUAAACUUCUCUUCAAUCCAUACAGAAGAAUAUGUGAUUGGCCAGAAAAUGUUGAUUGUGGAGACAGAGUAAUUCCAGAAGAUGAUGACAAUGACAACGGUGGAGGCGGUGGUGGUGGAGGCGGCGGUGAUGGUGGUGAUGAUGGUGGCGAUGACGGUGAUGAUGACAAUGACGGAACUUGCAACUGCAACCCAGGCGAAGCACCUGCUAUUUGUGGUCAGGAUGGAUCUGACGGAGUAUUAGUCGCACAUGAAAACUGCAACCAGUUCUACAAAUGUUUCAAUGGCAAACCAGUUACGCUAAGCUGCCCCGGUAAACUUCUCUUCAAUCCAUACAGAAGAAUAUGUGAUUGGCCAGAAAAUGUUGAUUGUGGAGACAGAGUAAUUCCAGAAGAUGAUGACAAUGACAACGGUGGAGGCGGUGGUGGUGGAGGCGGCGGUGAUGGUGGUGAUGAUGGUGGCGAUGACGGUGAUGAUGACAAUGACGGAACUUGCAACUGCAACCCAGGUGAAGCACCUGCUAUUUGUGGUCAGGAUGGAUCUGACGGGGUAUUAGUCGCACAUGAAAACUGCAACCAGUUCUACAAAUGUUUCAAUGGCAAACCAGUUACGCUAAGCUGCCCCGGUAAACUUCUCUUCAAUCCAUACAGAAGAAUAUGUGAUUGGCCAGAAAAUGUUGAUUGUGGAGACAGAGUAAUUCCAGAAGAUGAUGACAAUGACAACGGUGGAGGCGGUGGUGGUGGAGGCGGCGGUGAUGGUGGUGAUGAUGGUGGCGAUGACGGUGAUGAUGACAAUGACGGAACUUGCAACUGCAACCCAGGUGAAGCACCUGCUAUUUGUGGUCAGGAUGGAUCUGACGGGGUAUUAGUCGCACAUGAAAACUGCAACCAGUUCUACAAAUGUUUCAAUGGCAAACCAGUUACGCUAAGCUGCCCCGGUAAACUUCUCUUCAAUCCAUACAGAAGAAUAUGUGAUUGGCCAGAAAAUGUUGAUUGUGGAGACAGAGUAAUUCCAGAAGAUGAUGACAAUGACAACGGUGGAGGCGGUGGUGGUGGAGGCGGCGGUGAUGGUGGUGAUGAUGGUGGCGAUGACGGUGAUGAUGACAAUGACGGAACUUGCAACUGCAACCCAGGUGAAGCACCUGCUAUUUGUGGUCAGGAUGGAUCUGACGGGAUAUUAGUCGCACAUGAAAACUGCAACCAGUUCUACAAAUGUUUCAAUGGCAAACCAGUUACGCUAAGCUGCCCCGGUAAACUUCUCUUCAAUCCAUACAGAAGAAUAUGUGAUUGGCCAGAAAAUGUUGAUUGUGGUGACAGAGUAAUUCCAGAAGAUGAUGACAAUGACAACGGUGGAGGCGGUGGUGGUGGAGGCGGCGGUGAUGGUGGUGAUGAUGGUGGCGAUGACGGUGAUGAUGACAAUGACGGAACUUGCAACUGCAACCCAGGUGAAGCACCUGCUAUUUGUGGUCAGGAUGGAUCUGACGGGAUAUUAGUCGCACAUGAAAACUGCAACCAGUUCUACAAAUGUUUCAAUGGCAAACCAGUUACGCUAAGCUGCCCCGGUAAACUUCUCUUCAAUCCAUACAGAAGAAUAUGUGAUUGGCCAGAAAAUGUUGAUUGUGGAGACAGAGUAAUUCCAGAAGAUGAUGACAAUGACAACGGUGGAGGCGGUGGUGGUGGAGGCGGCGGUGAUGGUGGUGAUGAUGGUGGCGAUGACGGUGAUGAUGACAAUGACGGAACUUGCAACUGCAACCCAGGUGAAGCACCUGCUAUUUGUGGUCAGGAUGGAUCUGACGGGGUAUUAGUCGCACAUGAAAACUGCAACCAGUUCUACAAAUGUUUCAAUGGCAAACCAGUUACGCUAAGCUGCCCCGGUAAACUUCUCUUCAAUCCAUACAGAAGAAUAUGUGAUUGGCCAGAAAAUGUUGAUUGUGGAGACAGAGUAAUUCCAGAAUGUAAUGAAAAUGACAACGAUGACGACAAUGGUGGUGGUGAUGCCGGCGGUGAGGGUGGUGAUGAAGGUGGCGAUGACGAUGAGGAUGACAAUGAUGAAACUUGCAACUGCAACCCAGGCGAAGCACCUGCGAUUUGUGGUCAGGAUGGAUCCGACGGAGUAUUAAUCGCACACGAAAACUGCACCCAGUUCUACAAAUGUUCCAAUGGCAAACCCGUUACACUAAACUGCCCCGGCAACCUUCUCUACAAUCCAUACAAAAGAAUAUGUGAUUGGCCAGAAAAUGUUGAUUGUGGAGACAGAGUAAUUCCAGAAUGUAAUGAAAAUGACAACGAUGACGACAAUGGUGGUGGUGAUGCUGGCGGUGAUGGUGGUGAUGAAGGUGGCGAUGACGGUGAAGAUGACAAUGAUGGAACUUGCAACUGCAACCCAGGCGAAGCACCUGCGAUUUGUGGUCAGGAUGGAUCCGACGGAGUAUUAAUCGCACAUGAAAACUGUACCCAGUUCUACAAAUGUUCCAAUGGCAAACCCGUUACACUAAACUGCCCCGGCAACCUUCUCUACAAUCCUUACCGAAGAAUAUGCGAUUGGCCCGAAAAUGUUGAUUGUGGAGACAGAUUGAUUCCAGAAUGUAAUGAUAAUGACAACGAUAACGACAAUGGUGGAGGUGAAGCCGGCGGUGACGGUGAGGAUGACAAUGAUGGACCUUGUAACUGCAAUCCUAGUGAAGCACCUUUAAUUUGCGGUCAGGAUGGUUCUGAUGGAGUUUUGAUUGCACACGAAAACUGUAAACAGUUCUACAUGUGCGUCAACUAUAAACCUGUAGCAAUGGACUGUCCCGUUGAUCUUCUUUACAAUCCUUACAAAAAUUUGUGUGAUUGGCCUGAUAAUGUAAAUUGUGGAGACAGAAUAGAAAGUAUCGCCCUGAACAAACAUUUGUACGGGGGUAGAUUAAGAGCAACACGUAUUUAAAGCUUUUUUCCUUUAUAGUUAUUGAAUUGUAUUAUUGAAAAUAUUUAAAAAUUAUUUAUUUAAAUUAAAUG